UGUGCGAAGACUAAUUUUUCAGGAAAAGAUGAGGCUUUUACACAAAAGAUCCUUGGCUUUGUUGAGGGCCUUUGGAGGUGCCAGAAAAUAUGUUUCCACGCUGUCACCUUUGGGAUCUGUGUUCAACUCCAUUCCAACACCCAAAAAGUCAGAAUGGUUCUUUAGUAACAAAGAAAAUAAGGGACUGCUACUAAUACCUGAGCUGAAGUCCUUCCAGGGCUUUGACAUUCUCCGUAGGGAAGUGGAAUACAAAGUGGAGACACUGGUGGAGGAAGCCCUUUCUCCACAAAGAAAACGAAAAAUUGUCACCAUAUUUGAUGAGAUAUCUAACACUCUCUGCUGUGUAGCGGACUUGGCAGAAUUUGUCAGAGUGUCCCAUCCUAAUCGAGACUAUCAGCUGGCAGCAGAAUAUGCUGUUGUUAACUUGUCCAAUGUUGUAGAGAGUUUGAACACCAACACAGCUAUUUACAAUGUCCUGAAAGAGGCACUAGAAAAGGGAGAGGAUGUGUUACCAAUGAACGCAGUAGAUAAACGCGUGGGAGAGCUGUUUAAGUUUGACUUUGACUUGAGUGGCUGUCAUCUGUCAGAGGACAAGAAGAAAAAAUAUGUGAAGUUGUCAGAGAAUGUGAUCAUGACUGGCAAUAUGUUUAUGCAAGGAUGUCAGUCAUCAGCCAUAAUUCCCAAGGACAGACUGCCAGAACACCUCCGAUACUGUUUUAACCUGGAUGGUGAUGAUGCAGUAAUUAGUGGUGCUCACCUGGACAAUUGGAAUGAUCAGGUAAGAGAGGCAGCAUACAGAGUAUACCACUAUCCUAACGAGAGUCAAGUAAAACUCCUGGAUGCUCUCAUUUUGAAUCGACAUAAGUUAGCCACCCUAGCUGGAUUUCCAACAUUUGCUCAUCGGGCACUAAAGGGAACUUUAGCAGAAACACCAGAAAUGGUGAUGGAUUUUCUAAAUGCUCUGUCAGAAAGGAUAAAACCAUUGGCAGACAAGGAACACAAAGAGCUGCUGAAACUGAAGAGAGAAAGAGGAUCAACUAGUGAUGUGGUACUUCGACCUUGGGACACUCCCUACUACUCGGCACUAGGCAGACACCUCAAGUAUGAUAUCAGCGGUGAUGAGAUUGCUCCGUAUUUUUCCCUGGGUAACUGUAUGGAGGGGAUAAAUAUAGUGCUGAAGAGUUUAUAUGACGUGUCUCUACAGACUGUCGAGCCUCAGUAUGGAGAACUGUGGUCUGAUGAUGUUUAUAAGCUGGCAGCGGUCCACAGUACAGAAGGAGUCCUGGGUUAUAUCUAUUGUGAUUUGUUUGAGAGACAGGGAAAGCAUAUGAUGGACUGUCACUGUACAAUACGUGGAGGACGAGAACAAGAUGACGGUACCUACCAGCUCCCUAUCGUGGUCCUGAACUGUAACCUGACCCGACCCCAGAACAACGCUCCUACUCUCCUGACCCCUGGCCUCAUGAGAAAUCUUUUCCAUGAAUUUGGGCAUGCUAUGCAUUCCAUGCUUGGAAGGACAAAGUAUCAACAUGUCACAGGAACAAGGUGCCCCACAGAUUUUGCGGAAGUUCCUUCUGAAUUUAUGGAAUUUUUUGCUACUGAUCCCAGAGUGAUAAGUUUGUUCGCUCGCCAUUUUCGCACUGGGGAACUCUUACCUUUGGAUGCCAUUGAGAAAUUUUGUAAAGCCAGCAAUAUGUUUUCAGCAUCAGAAAUGCAGCUCCAAAUUGUGUACUCUAUGCUGAGCCAGAAGUUACAUGGAGAACAUCCGCUAGGUAAAUCCACGACAGAAUUGUACGCCGAAAUCCACAACCAGUAUAUGGGGGUGCCAUAUGUUGAAGGCACGGCUCCACACCUGCGGAUUGGUCAUUUGAAUGGCUACGGGGCCAGAUAUUAUUCUUACCUGAUGUCAAGAGCUGUGGCUUCUAAGAUUUGGCAGCAGUGCUUCAAGGAGGAUCCACUGAACAGAGAGGUAGGAGAGCGAUUUAGGAGGGAAGUCUUGGCUUAUGGGGGAGAAAUUCCUCCCCAGGAAUUAAUUAGUGGAAUGCUACAAAAACCUCUAACUAUAGAUGAUAUGGUAGACUCUUUAGUAGAAGAAAUGAAUAGCUGAUAAAGUCUAUGGCCAAAAUGUAUCAGGCUAAAGAAUUGUGUGAGAUGUGCAUCAGUGAAUGUGGUUACAGUGUACUGUACAAGAUAAUUUUGAAUGAUUCCUGGAAGAUGUCCCAUUUCAGUGAUAUUUAGUGGAUCCAGUCCAGUGGUUGAUAAAUUACUGGUGGAUUAUCAAAACAAUAUGUUUAGAUCCACAUUAUCCCUUAACUGUGAUAUUCCACGCAGCAUAUGUUCCUAAAUAUUUUUCAUAAACAAUGUUAUUGACUUGAUAUCCAUAGUGUGCUUAAGAUGUAAAAAAGAUUAUCAGACAUAAUAUACAAUUAUUGCUGGUUUUUGAGGUCAAUACGAUGAUUUAGACACCUGAGAAGUACAAUAUUUACCGAGCCCGA